AAAAAGACAUAUUGCAGAUUUUGCGAUAUUACGGCGGAGGCCAGUCUUCGCUACACGACGAGGACCCCCCAGUUUGGGUCCUCAGGUUUUGGCCGGGUUUGCUGUAAGUCAUGUGUAGACAUUUCUUCUGCGCUUUGAACAUGGAAAACUCGGGGCUGGAAGAUCCCAAAGUAAAGAAUUUGCGGUCUUCCGCCUUUGUGUCAAAACACAAGGAAUCAUUAACCUGGUUGGUCAAUGGACAUACAGGCCGAUUCUAUGAAUGGGUUAUAUAGCGCAUGGGCGAACCGCUACUCAGACGCUUACAAAGCUGUCAAAAACUCGACAAAAGGGCCACCUAAAUCGCAAAGAUUUAACAAGCUCAUUUGGGAGGAACUCUUCUCUAGCUACACACGGAGGAAAAAAGCUUUACACGUAUAUCAGGAAGAAGCAAUCGACACACUUACUGCGGCUGCUGUUCCUGCUGCUGCCCAACUUAAACAAUUAAUUAAAACGACUCAUAAUGAUGUGUCGAGUAGUUUCAUACCUCCCGAUGGGGAUGAAAAUGAAAAUAUCCAAGGCGAGUCAUUGUCAUCAGCAGCUUUGUCUUUGACACUGCAUCCACCAGGUCCGAACAGACUUUGCAUUGACAACAUAGAUAUAUCUGAAAGAUUUUACAACCUACAGAAAGAUGUAUUUAACUUUGUAUUAGACAAUACAUUGACGCUGGAAUCUGAUGUGCACCUUAUCCUCUCAUUAUCUUCCAUUUUAUUGUUACAAAAUAACAAUCGCCUACACAAGACCAUGAUUCCGUUUUUCGGUAACAAGAUUUACCAGAAAGUGCGACAAAGUAUUCUUGACUCCCUGAAUAUGACAUGCACUUUUCCCGGAGAAAAUAUGCUUACAAUUAUUCAAAUUUUUCAAAGCGUAUACAUCAAGACUACAAGCCGAAUAAGCGCAGCAGCCUCAUUACUCACUCUGGCGGAAACGGCGGAUGAUCAUUUAGAUAAAAAAGCUCAUUGCAUCCGCAUCACAGCUUCUCCAAUGGUUGUUGGGAGAAACGGUCCACCGCAAGAUCUUCCAAUGGAAUUCAAGAUUCUGCCCAUGGAACCAACGUAUUCUGAGAUACCUGAAACCAGGCUCAUUGCACGAUAUAUUCUACAUGCAAUCCAACCUUUAUUUGACGAUGAUGAGCUGGAUAUAAAGUUGGAUUUUACUUUUACUGAACGCGUUGAUACCCAAAACCGAGAAAUAAGUCUUGCUGGUUGUCCAGAUUGUAUCAUCAGUAUAUAUCCCCAUCAAACGGACAAUGCUAUGAACCUAGGAUAUGGUGAGGUCAAGAAGCAAUCGAUGGCUGAAGACCACUAUAUGGUCAAUUUGGAUCUUGUUACUGUAGUUGAAGUAUUAUUUAUGUAUAAUCUGAACUUUUGUAUUUAUGAAGUUCUGAGCCUGGUAUAAAUAUCAGGUUUUAUUCUAUUUAAUAAAGUUGUUAUUUUUUUAUGUCUC